GGGGCGUUCGUCCUCCCUUGUCUCCGCCCGGCCGCGAAGCUCUGUCGCGGCGGCCGAGGGCCGGAGUGGGGAUACGAAAGGGGGCGCCCGGCCGUGCAGAGGCAAAAAGGGGCUGCGGAACAGGGUCCUUGCAGCCUGUGCCGAGGCAGGAGGUCGGAGCCCGCAGUGAGGGGCUGGGCCGGAGGAGACAGCCGGGCGUCCUGGCGGGCGGCCAGGCGCACAGGGCCAGCCUGUUGGGGAGACUCAGGGCUUUCCGCCCAACCCAUGGGCGCUGUCGGGGACUCGGGGGUGCCCUCGGGGCUCUGGCCACUCGGCUUGGGCAUGUCAUUGGUUUCACAUCGCCAUCCAGCCUCGAAGCCAGCAGGAUUGAAAAAUAGCGUCGGCCAAACGUUCUCUUCCCUCUAAGGAGAGGGGCCGAGCCCGACAGCCCAGGGGGAUUGGGAGGGAUGCCCUGGCCCUCGGGGGGCGGAGGGAGCCGAGGUUUAAGGGAGUGGCGGGAGCGGAGAGCGCCCUCAUUGACCAUCAAAUGCCUCCUUCUGUGUUUCCAUCGCUGCUGAGUGGGCUGGGCCACGCUGACCACCCUGUAGGAGGGACAGACGACACUCGGCGGGCUCUGACCGUGCCCCCUUCAUGUGGCUGCUGACGGGGACCCAGGAGGGAACAGACAUGGGGCGCAGCCUCGUCUCUCUCCCUCUCAACCUCCCAGGCGCCGGGGUUGGCAAAGCGGAGACGUGAGGGGACCCGUCGGUUACCCCGGCUUCUCCAGGAGAGUGCCACGCACCCGCGCGUCCCUCCGCGCCCCGAGGCGGGACAGGCUUGGUGCAGGGUUCCGAGGCGGGCGGGCGGCGAGCGCAGCGGAGCCCCAGCCUCGACAUGGGCCAUAACGGGAGCUGGAUCUCCCGCAACACCAGCGAGCCGCCUACCGCGUCGGACGCCGAGGCUGCGGGCGUGAACCGCAGCGCGCUCGGGGAGUUGGGCGAGGCGCAGCUAUACCGCCAGUUCACCACCACCGCGCAGAUCGUCAUCUUCAUAGGCUCGCUGCUCGGAAACUUCAUGGUGUUAUGGUCAACUUGCCGCACCACCGUGUUCAAAUCUGUCACCAACAGGUUCAUUAAAAACCUGGCCUGCUCGGGGAUUUGUGCCAGCCUGGUCUGCGUGCCCUUCGACAUCAUCCUCAGCACCAGUCCUCACUGCUGCUGGUGGAUCUACACCAUGCUCUUCUGCAAGGUUGUCAAAUUUUUGCACAAAGUUUUCUGCUCUGUGACUAUCCUCAGCUUCCCUGCCAUUGCUCUGGACAGGUACUACUCAGUCCUCUAUCCGCUGGAGAGAAAAAUAUCUGAUGCCAAGUCCCGUGAGCUGGUGAUGUACAUCUGGGCCCAUGCAGUGGUAGCGAGCGUCCCUGUGUUUGCAGUGACCAAUGUGGCCGACAUCUAUGCCAUGUCCACCUGCACAGAAGUCUGGAGCAACUCCUUGGGCCACCUGGUGUACGUUCUGGUCUAUAACAUCACCACGGUCAUUGUGCCUGUGGCUGUGGUGUUCUUCUUCUUGAUCCUGAUCCGACGGGCUCUGAGCGCCAGCCAGAAGAAGAAGGUCAUCAUAGCAGCGCUCCGGACCCCGCAGAACACCAUCUCUAUCCCCUAUGCCUCCCAGCGGGAAGCUGAGCUGCAUGCCACCCUGCUCUCCAUGGUGAUGGUCUUCAUCUUGUGUAGUGUGCCCUACGCCACCCUGGUUGUCUACCAGACUGUGCUCAAUGUCCCCGACACCUCUGUCUUCUUGCUGCUCACUGCCAUUUGGCUGCCCAAAGUCUCUCUGCUGGCAAACCCUGUUCUCUUUCUUACUGUGAACAAAUCUGUCCGCAAGUGCUUGAUAGGGACCUUGGUGCAACUGCACCACCGAUACAGUCGCCGUAAUGUGGUUAGCACAGGGAGUGGGAUGGCCGAUGCCAGCCUGGAGCCCAGCAUGCGCUCAGGCAGCCAGCUCCUGGAGAUGUUCCACAUCGGGCAGCAGCAGAUCUUUAAGCCCACAGAGGAUGAGGAAGAGAGUGAGGCCAAGUACACUGGCUCAGCUGACUUCCAGGCCAAGGAGAUACUCACCCCCUGCCUGGAGGGAGAGCAGGGGCCACAGCUUGUACCCCCUGCACCACCCCCAGGCACAGUGGACUCUAUAUCCCAGGUGGCACCAGCACCUGUGGAACCUGAGACAUUCCCUGAUAAGUAUUCCCUGCAAUUUGGCUUUGGGCCUUUCGAGUUGCCCCCUCAGUGGCUCUCAGAGACCCGAAACAGCAAGAAACGGCUGCUUCCCCCCUUGGGUAACACCCCAGAAGAGCUGAUCCAGACAAAGAUGCCCAAGGUAGGCAGGGUGGAGCGGAAGAUGAGCAGGAACAAUAAAGUGAGCAUUUUCCCAAAGGUGGAUUCCUAGCAAGGAUUGUCAAUUCCUGGAAGUGACAGGGAGGGUCCACGUGCCCACCCUUCCUUCGCUCUGACCGUGUGGUUUGUGUGAUCUCAUUGCAGCUCAAUACGAGUUGAUUUCUUCUGUAUGAGCCAAAUGCUUUUGAGUGCUAUGGAAGUCUGUAUGAAAUCAAAUGUCCUCUUUAUUGAGGGAGUAUAUAUAUAUCCAUCUCUGUGAUCUAUGUCCUUAGUAAAGUCCAUGUUGUUCUCUGUGGGCAUGAAAGCCAGGCAGUUUUCAAUGGGUCUUGAGGGGGGUGCUCCAUGUGCAUCCUCUGGGGACCCUCCACUUCCCUGAGCUCAGCAGAGCACACACAGAGAGAAGAGCGCCCACCAGCUCUAAGGGAGCAAGGGCACUCUAAGGAAUUCCAAGAUAAUUAUGGAGCAGAGAAAAAUGCCUAUUUGAUUAAUUUAAACAUGACAAAUAGGGAGACCUUUUGAGAAGACAGAGACUUGGCAUCUGACACCGUUUCCUUGGAAGCCCCCAUCAUAUGACUCACGGUUUCUCCCAAUACCCGCCAUCCCUUUCCCUGGAAUAGAAGCAAAGGAUGACUAUUCCGCCCCUCUUUGAUAGACCUGGCAGUAGAUGUGCCUGGGGGUAAGGGAGACAAUUUGUCUCCGAUUAUCCUGACAUUCUCUUGGCAUCACCAAGGCCUCAGAAAGAUGCACCUGAACCCUCCAGUCAUGGUCAGCGUUGGCUGGAAAACACUGCACACUCUUCGCUCUGUCUUUCCCCUUAAAGUGUGUUUUCUCGACAAACGAGAGACAAGCUUACAGGUGGAGCAGACAGGCUGGGAGAUGCCCAUGGCACUAUAGUCUUUUCUCUUCCUCGGGAUCUCACAUGAAAGGUGCUAUGUAACAAUCAGUAUGAGUUAAAGUAUAUGGAAAAACCAUCUUAUGCAAACUUUUGGAAUUAGAAGAUAAUUUAAAAAUGCAGAGUUAGGGUAAGCUUGGUCUUUUGGAAAUGUCAAGCUGAAGAUACAUCAUUAGGAAAGGUGAUUCUGCCCAAAAGACCGCCAAGAAUCUGACAGGGUUCUGUUCUCCUGAGGACUCCAGGACUCAGGCAUGGCCAUCUCAUUUGCAGUCUGUACAACUGUGUUUCUCCCUUCAUUUUGGACAUGGAGGAGGAAAAGAACAGGGAGAAAUAAUUAAUCAUUGUAAAAUGCUAAGGCAAUACCUAGUCCAGGUGAGCUGUCCACUUCCUCCUUCCCAGUGAAGUUUUAGUGGGGAGCCAGCGUGGGUAGAAGAGGGAGGGCAGUGUCCUCAACUGAUCAGUCUCACAAGCAAUUCAGGCCUCCUCUGGGGUGGAUUUCACCAGGCUGAAUUUGAACCACGGCUGACACUUCACUCUUAGUGAGGGCAAACCAAGUGCCAGCUCUACUUUACUCUCUAGCUGUCUUUUUCUUGCUGUUGACACUUGGGGGAGCCAAUCUUGUGCCUUGAGCAAGCUUGAAGGGCAGUGGGUGUCCUCGCUGGCAAACUUCCACACCCCAAGUGCAGUGGUCCUGACACAUCCCCUCCUUAACAGCACCGGCUCCUUGUCUUCAGAGGGAGCGCAGACGAUGUGUAGGGAGUUUCCUUUUCCUCUGUUCUCUUGGGUGUGGUGUCUUGUGCAUCCUGAAUGUGAACCCAAAGACCCUGCCCCUGGAGAGGGUCUGCCUGCCUCUUUGUCUUGGCCUCCUUGCAGCGUCGUUUGCUCACAGCAGAAACGGGGGACUGCCAUGUCCUCCUGUGCUCCCCUGCCUCCUGGCCCCUGUGUGCACGCCAUCUGUAGCUCCCUGCCCUGGUAGUUCACGUUGUGGUCCUCAAAACUUAUCUUCCAAAACCUUCACAAUUGUUCUAUCUUUUAUCAAGGGAAAAAAUAAUCUGUCAGAAAAUUGUGUCCACUUUAGAAGAACCUGUCAAAUGUAGCCACUUUGCUGUCGUUCUGAUAGUAUACUGUAUGUGUACAACUUAAUAAAUUCUGGCGAGGCAGAAUUUGGUUGGGUAUAUGUCUUACGUAUGUUUGAAGCAGAUGGUUGACUUCUAACAAGUCAUUGCCAGGUAUAUUUCUAUACUCUUUGAAGAAUAACAUUUUAAUAAAAAAUGGA